AUGGAAUGCGUAGAAGAUAGCCACUGGAUUGAUUCGAUAAUAAACGAAGUUGGAGCAGCAUUAACCUUGGUUGACGAAUCCAUACAAAAGAGUAUUGAACUCUGGAUGGAGUUAACCAAAGACUUGUUUGAUAACCAGCCUACCCAAGACAUAACCGGACAACCAAAUAAUGGAAAAUCCGGUGAAGAAGAUUCCUCUCAAGAUAUACCUGUCGCUGAGGUCAAAGAUAGUCCUAUUAAACACUGGGCUAUGUGCCUCGGUGAGGUGAAAGAAAUACCGAGCCAACACUGGGCUCUGUGUGGAAUCCCGGGAUUUUGCUACUUACCUCCUAGCCACCCUCUCUAUAGUGAAGAAAGCAAUGCUUUGUAUAUGAGUCGGAGAGGUGGCUAUAAGGUGUUAAAUGAUGACGAUCCGUCUUCCGAAGAAGAUUUCGACUUAUGGUUAUCGGGUGAUGUAGAAGAAGAAGAAGACGAGACUAGGGUUUCGGAAUCUUGUGAAAACAUGUGGGAUCUUAAUUUGGAUCUUAAUUUGGGGACCUCGGCGACGAGCCAUAACCCUAGUUGGGACCAUCAUCGUAAUGAAGAAGAUAUCGGUUCGAGUUUGAGGUGGGCAGGUAGUUAUGAGCUGAUAAAGAGUGAUGUCACGUCUUCCGAGGAAGAUGACGACUCAUGGGAUAAUGAAGAAGAAGUGAUGGAAUGGAUGUGGAAGCAUGGACUCAUGAGCGAUGUAAGUAACGAAUCAUUAGUGGGUCAUGAUGAAGAUCAUGAAGAUGAAGAUGAAGAUGACGUGUCGGACAAGUUACAAGGAUUUGUGGAUGUGAAGGAAGAGGAGAUUUUGAACAACACGGAUUUUGUUGAGGUCGAGACCGUUUUGCCCGAAUGUGAUUGGGUUUACGUGACGAAGGAUUAG